AUCUCCAUUCGAACGGCACCGUCUUCGUUAAGCUACAAAUCUCUCUCUCUCUCUCUUCAUCACUACUCAUAUAUGUAUGUAUCCAGAGCUUGAGUUGAUCAGAUUUAGGGUUUUGGACUUUUAGAGGUCUCGUAGUGUCAUGGAAGCAUCGGUUUCAUAUUCAACUUCACGAGGGUCUACGCACAGAUACUGUUACUGUAAAUGCUUCAGACGCUGUUGCCGCUGUUUCUGUUGCUGCCAUUGUUCAUAGCCUUGAAAGUCCAGCUUUCUCUCUCCUAGGAUUGGGCUUGGGUUGCAAUUGCAAUUCCAACCAAUUGGACCUCUCUCUUAGGUUUUCUUUCUGAUGCAUCAACCACUCCCAAUUGGCCGAUGAUUCUAUCUGUUUCCAAAUUGAUUCUGGUGAUCGCAAUUAUGAAGACCCAGACCCUUCAAUUCCACGCCAAUUGAUGGAACAACAAAGUGAUAAUCACUAUGGAGAGAGAGAAAAUGAGGAAAGAGGAGGUGGGGAUGAAGAGAAAGAAGAGGAGUUCCGAAUUUUGGGCCAUCCAAUGUGGUUAAAACGACGAAGAAGAGACUGCGAUUCAUCUUGUUCCUUGUCUUCAUCUACCAAACUAGACAGACUAUCGAUCGAUGCAGGCCUCGAAGCUCGACUACAUGCAGUUAGGCUUUGGGGGAAUCAAUCGCUCCAAGUGGCCGAUUUGGAUUUGUUUGAGAUAAUGGAGAAGGAGAAGCAGACGCAGUACAAAGGGAUUGAGUUAAUAGUUUCGGAGAAUUUCGUGUGUAAGGCGGUAAUGGAAGCUUUAGGAAGCCAUUUGACGAAUAAGUAUUCUGAGGGAAUGCCCGGUGCAAGGUAUUAUGGUGGCAAUCAAUUCAUUGAUGAGAUUGAAACGCUUUGUUGCGAGCGUGCUCUGUCCGCUUUCGAUCUUCAUUCGCAGAAUUGGGGUGUGAACGUGCAGCCAUAUUCGGGUACAUCUGCAAAUUUCGCCGUUUACACGGCUUUGUUGUUGCCCGGAGAUAGGAUAAUGGGAUUGGAUGCGCCUUGUGGUGGAAAUACUAGUCAUGGAGGUCUCGUAGUGUCAUGGAAGCAUCGGUUUCAUAUUCAACUUCACGAGGGUCUACGCACAGAUACUGUUACUGUAAAUGCUUCAGACGCUGUUGCCGCUGUUUCUGUUGCUGCCAUUGUUCAUAGCCUUGAAAGUCCAGCUUUCUCUCUCCUAGGAUUGGGCUUGGACCCAGACCCAUCAAUUCCACGCCAAUUGAUGGAACAACAAAGUGAUAAUCACUAUGGAGAGAGAGAAAAUGAGGAAAGAGGAGGUGGGGAUGAAGAGAAAGAAGAGGAGUUCCGAAUUUUGGGCCAUCCAAUGUGGUUAAAACGACGAAGAAGAGACUGCGAUUCAUCUUGUUCCUUGUCUUCAUCUACCAAACUAGACAGACUAUCGAUCGAUGCAGGCCUCGAAGCUCGACGACAUGCAGUUAGGCUUUGGGGGAAUCAAUCGCUCCAAGUGGCCGAUUUGGAUUUGUUUGAGAUAAUGGAGAAGGAGAAGCAGAGGCAGUACAAAGGGAUUGAGUUAAUAGUUUCGGAGAAUUUCGUGUGUAAGGCGGUAAUGGAAGCUUUAGGAAGCCAUUUGACGAAUAAGUAUUCUGAGGGAAUGCCCGGUGCAAGGUAUUAUGGUGGCAAUCAAUUCAUUGAUGAGAUUGAAACGCUUUGUUGCGAGCGUGCUAUGUCCGCUUUCGAUCUUCAUUCGCAGAAUUGGGGUGUGAACGUGCAGCCAUAUUCGGGUACAUCUGCAAAUUUCGCCGUUUACACGGCUUUGUUGUUGCCCGGAGAUAGGAUAAUGGGAUUGGAUGCGCCUUGUGGUGGAAAUACUAGUCAUGGGUAUUAUACUCCAAAUGGGAGGCGAGUUUCGGGUGCUUCGAUUUUCUUUGAGAGUUUGCCUUAUAAAAUGAAUCCGCAAACUGGGUAUAUAGACUAUGAUAAACUUGAGGAGUGGGCACUUGAUUUUCGUCCCAAGAUACUUAUUUGUGGUGGUAGUUCGUAUCCCCGGGAGUGGGAUUAUGCGAGGUUUAGGCAGAUUGCAGAUAAGUGUGGUUCAGUGUUAAUGUGUGACAUGGCUCAAAUUAGUGGUCUUGUUGCCGCCAAGGAGUGUGCUAACCCCUUUGAAUUCUGUGACAUUGUUACCUCAACAACUCACAAAAGUCUUCAAGGUCCAAGGGGGGGUAUCAUUUUUUUCAGGAGAGGUUCAAAGCUAAGAAAGAGAGGGAUGCCUUUGAAUCAAGGUGAUGCGAGUGUUAGAUAUGACCUUGAGGAGAAGAUGGACUUUGCUGUUUUUCCAGCACUGCAAGGUGGACCGUACAAUAAUCACAUUGCUGCCUUUGCCAUAACCUUGAAACAAGUGGCUUCUCCUGAGUACAGGGCAUAUAUACAACAGGUGAAGAAAAAUGCGCAGGCUUUAGCAUCUGCUUUAUUGAGGAGGAAUUGCAGACUGGUGACGGGAGGUACUGACAAUCAUUUGUUACUUUGGGAUCUAAGAACUCUAGGAUUAACAGGUAAGAAUUUUGAGAAGAUCUGUGAACUGUGUCACAUUACACUCAAGAAAGCUGCUAUUUUUGAUGAGAAUGGAACUUUUAGGCCUGGAGGCAUAAGGAUUGGUAAGUGAAGAUCUUAUUGCAUACGCUGUUUUCAUUAACUUUAAUGAGUUGUAUCCAACACUUGGUGCUUUUAUGUUGCUUUCAUGUUUUUAUUCCUCUAGGAACUCCGGCUAUGACAUCAAGAGGUUGCCUUGAGGCCGAUUUUGAAACAGUGACCGACUUUCUCCUUAGAGCUGCGCAGAUCGCAAGUUCAGUGCAGAGAGAACAUGGGAAAUUGCCAAAGGCUUUCCUAAAUGGUCUUCAGAACAAUAAAGAUAUUAUUGAGCUCCGGAACCAAGUUGAAAGUUUUGCUUCUCAGUUUGCAAUGCCAGGAUUUGAUGUGUAAUUUGUUCGGAGAGGCAACUCUUUUAGGAACGUUGUCUUGCAGCCUGUUCUGAUGUAUGUCUGGCUUUUUUAUGAAGUUCUCGACAGUCUCUGCAGCUGGCCAACCUUUAGAAAAUGAGUGUGCCAUCACACUAUACUUAUGGCAUUGAUGAUAAAGUGUGAAGACUGGCCAUGUUGCUCCGGCCAUGAUGUCAGACGCUGUGAUUGUAGAUACGUUGGCGAUUACACAGUGUGCAUAAAGGAUUCUAGAUUGACUGAACCUUGCAUCGCAUCUUUGGUAAUUUUGGGGAGCUUGUAAAGCUUAUACUGAGUCCUGGAUCUUGUAGUAUUGUUUGAUCCAUUGAAGGCGACUUUGGGUAGGUAAUUUUCUUUCGGUUUACUGUUACCUUUCUUUUUUGUUGUUGGGGUACAGAGUCUUUGUACUCAAAGCUGGGUUGAGGAAAAGAACAAUGCCCCUCUUGCAAGUAGGAAAGAAAUAAAGAGAGAGCCUGAACAGAAGCAAGUAACCAUCUGUAAGGAAAACUCGAGAAGAAUCUCAUGAAAAUGCAUAAGAUGUGAACAUGUAGUUGAGAAACCUUCUCACGGAUAAAAAUGAAAAUAAAGUCCCUUUUUUCUUUUCUUUUGUUUUUUUUUUUCUCGGGUAUGCUGGAAAAUCCCUAUGUAUUUUCUUUCCUACUAGAUAUCUGUAUAAAAUAGUUUUUUUUUAG